CGGAACUUUAUUGAUAAAAACCUAGCCCGAGGUUUCAUUCGCCCGGCUUCCUCCCCUUUCGCCGCGCCUGUACUUUUCCGAAAGAAGAAAGACGGGGGGCUCAGAUUGUGCACUGAUUAUAGGGGUCUGAAUGCUGUUUCUUUAUCCAAUGCUUACCCCCUCCCGCUAAUCAAGGACUUGGUAGCUGAGGCCACCAAGGGCAAAAUCUUCUCGAAACUUGACCUCCGGGAUGCAUAUUUCCGUGUGCGCAUCCGGGAGGGGGAUGAAAGCAAGACUGCAUUUAAUACCCCUUUGGGGCAGUUUGAGUACCUCGUUAUGCCCUUCGGCCUUCAAGGGGCUCCGGGGGUCUUCAUGAACCUUAUCAAUGAGGUCCUACAUGAGUUUCUAUUCAAGGGAGUGGUCCUUUACCUUGAUGAUGUGUUGCUGUACUCUCAGGACCUCCCGUCGCAUAUUAAAUUGGUGCGCAAGGUCCUUAAACGACUUUAUGAACACCACUUGUUUGCAAAGCUGUCAAAAUGUGAAUUCCACAAGACAUGCAUUGACUUUUUGGGCUAUCGCAUCUCUGGGGGGACGGUUGAAAUGGACCCUGCUAAAAUUCAAGCUGUACUUGACUGGGAGCCCCCCAGGACCCGCAAACAAUUGCAAAUGUUCCUCGGAUUUGCCAAUUUUUACAGAAAUUUCAUCCAGAAUUUCGCUCAAAUUGCCCUUCCCCUGACUGAUUUG